CCAACCCCAUCUUCUCCCCUGGUGCGCCGGGCCGGGCGACCCCGCAGGAAGGCCUGGACGACGGCCCCGACUUCCUCUCGGAGGAGGACCGCGGAGAAUUGCUUGACGGGUCUUGUGAGAAGACCCAAAUCAGAGUAUUAAUGUGCAGCGAUGGGAUUCAAACCCAGGCCAUCCAAGCUCCUAGGUUAGGGUGCCUUCCAGACUUCCCUGCUACCGUCCAUGCUUAAAGCAAUAAACGUAGAUCUUCAGAGUGAUGCUGCUCUGCAGGUGGACAUUUCUGAUGCUCUUAGUGAGAGAGAUAAAGUAAAAUUCACUGUUCACACAAAGAGUUCAUUGCCAAAUUUUAAGCAAAAUGAGUUUUCUGUUGUUCGACAACAUGAGGAAUUUAUCUGGCUUCAUGAUUCCUUCGUUGAAAAUGAAGACUAUGCGGGUUACAUUAUCCCACCAGCACCACCAAGACCUGACUUUGAUGCUUCAAGGGAAAAACUGCAGAAGCUUGGAGAAGGAGAAGGGUCCAUGACAAAGGAAGAAUUCACAAAGAUGAAACAAGAACUGGAAGCUGAAUACUUGGCAAUAUUCAAGAAGACUGUUGCAAUGCAUGAAGUGUUCCUAUGUCGUGUGGCUGCACAUCCUAUUUUGAGAAAAGAUUUAAAUUUUCAUGUCUUCUUGGAAUAUAAUCAAGAUCUGAGUGUGAGAGGAAAAAAUAAAAAAGAAAAACUUGAAGAUUUCUUUAAAAACAUGGUAAAGUCAGCAGAUGGAGUAAUUGUUUCAGGAGUAAAGGAUGUAGAUGAUUUCUUUGAGCAUGAACGAACAUUCCUUUUAGAAUAUCAUAACCGAGUUAAGGAUGCAUCUGCUAAAUCUGAUAGGAUGACAAGAUCCCACAAAAGUGCUGCAGAUGAUUACAAUAGAAUUGGUUCUUCAUUAUAUGCUUUAGGAACUCAGGAUUCUACAGAUAUAUGCAAGUUUUUUCUCAAAGUUUCAGAACUGUUUGAUAAAACAAGAAAAAUAGAAGCACGAGUGUCUGCCGAUGAGGACCUCAAACUUUCUGACCUUUUAAAAUAUUACUUAAGAGAAUCUCAAGCUGCUAAGGAUCUCCUCUAUCGAAGAUCUAGGUCACUAGUGGAUUAUGAAAAUGCUAAUAAAGCACUGGAUAAAGCAAGAGCAAAAAAUAAAGAUGUUCUGCAGGCUGAAACAUCCCAACAAUUAUGUUGUCAGAAAUUUGAAAAAAUAUCUGAAUCUGCAAAACAAGAACUUAUAGAUUUUAAGACAAGAAGAGUUGCUGCAUUCAGAAAAAAUUUAGUGGAACUGGCAGAAUUAGAACUGAAGCAUGCAAAGGUAUUGUCAUAUUAAAGGUUUAAUAACUUAAGUGACUUUUAAUAAUUUAGAAAUGAGUCCAUUGUGGGG